UGCACGCCGCCUGGUUAUUAUGAAGUGUGCUCGUUAGCACCGGACGCUGCUCGGAGGUCGGUGCCGGUGCUGCGGUGAGUCCCGGGGCCGCUGCGUCGUCUCUUUGAUUCGUUGUGGAGGGUUAGCUGGCGGCGGGCGGAGCGCUGAGAGCGGCUCUUUAAUAACAACGUUACUGGGUCAACACACCGAGCACCGCCGCUGUCUGCCGGCCCGCUGCACCCACCGGAGCCGCCUCAGCCUGGAACACCUGCCGUCCGACCAGGUGCGUUGCAGGGGGCAACAGCUCAAUGACAAUGUCCUUGUGAGAGUGGGCGGGGCUACCUGGCCCUGAGCUGUAAGGAGGAGGAGGAGUCUCAGCCCUUGGCCCACCCCCUCCUCCUCCUGCAACUGACCAAACGGCUGGACGCACAGACGGGCGUGGCUCGCCCCUCCCUCCUCCUCCCCUCUCUUCCCCAUUCUCUCCCCCUCCCCCUCCCACCUACUGCACACCUCCCCACCCCAUCUCCCUGCUCUGCCCCCCCAUCCCUGGCCACCAUGCUGUGGUCACGCUGCUGGUGGAAAGCCUGAGGAAGACUCUGGAAGGCGACCCUGCUCAGCCAGGGGACUUCUACCUGUCCCUGCUGGACCCCCACACCCUCGCUGAGUGCUGCCCCCCUCAUGGCUUGAUGCCUGAGAGCAGCUACUGGCAGCUCUGCCCUCCCUCUAAGUCCGGCCUGCAGGGGGGGUUGCUGAGCUCUAGUUUCCCGCCUGGCCCUGUGCCGUUGGUGCCGCCCGAUGCUCACCUGCAGGAGGGGGGCGACCCCCUGGACAGGACCGCCUCUCAGCCUCCGCAGCACCGGCCUCUGGCCCCCAGCACCUCAGCGUCAGAGCUGUCCCUCCCCGGAGCGGCACCGGCAGCACCACCUCCUGCGCCCGGCCUCCCUCCCCCUCCUCCCCCGCCCCCCAAACGCCACUGCCGUUCACUGUCGGUGCCCGAGGACCUGUCCCGCUGCCGUUACACCUGGCGACCCAGCGCGUCACGGGUCUGGACCCCCGUCAGUCGCCAGCAAUGCCACGGUGGAGCUGGGGGAGGGGUUACAGGUGGGGGGGCAGGGGUGGGAGGAGGGGUUAUAGGGGCAGGUGCAGGGGGCGGAGUAUGUCCUCUCCGUGCUCCCAGCUCCUCUCUGAACUCGUCGCUGCACUCCUCGUCCAGCCCCACCUUCUUCAGCCUGGCGCUGUCUCCGGACUCGCCGCUGCCCUGGAGCUUCCCCUGGGAUGCUAGUGAGGCAGCGGCAGGGGGCGGAGCCUGCUGCUGCUUCUUUCCCUCCCCCUCCUCCUGCUCCUCCUCACCCUCUCCCCUCCACCCGCCUCCCCCUCCUCAGAGGCGUUUCUCUCUCUCCCCCGUGCUCAUCAGAGACUCUGCAGCCUCCACCUUCCUGCCUCCACUUCCCGUGCCGAGCCAGGCGGCGCCGCCUCCGCCAGGUGGCCCCACGCCUGUCGGGGCGGCUGUGGGGGGCCCAGUGCCCGCAUCGCCAUCCUCAGCCUGCAGCACGCCGUCGUCUCUGCGACGUAGCCUGCCACCACAGCUACCGCGCUGCCACUCGCAGCCAUGCGACCUGCUGCUGCUCAAACCAGGUUUGAAGAGACGGCGAGACCCCGACAGACCGUGCGCCCGACCCGUCCUCGACUUCACCAAGAUGACUCAGACCCGCAGCAUCGACCCGCAGUGUCUGGAGCGUGGCGGCGGCAGGCUGGCCUGCGGCGGGGACGUCUGCAUGGGCAUGGAGUCCUUCAUGGGCGACUUCCGGCGCUCCUGCUCUCCAGCCGAGUGCCUGGGCAGGACCAGCAUCGGGCCCCUGAGCGAGAGCGAUGAGGAGUGCCGCGAGGACGACGAUGACGACGAGGGGGAGGAGGAAGCGGACGAGCGCGAAGCGGCGCAGCAGGCGGUGUUUGAGAGGGAUUGUACAGAACUCGACUUGAACUUAAUAGAAGAAAACUGACGUCUUUGUAAAUGGAAGGCUGUUCUCUGUUUCACUUCUUUAGUUUUAUUUUGAAAGUAUCCGAACCCCUUGCCCAUUCCUGGACUACCCUCAUCUCAACACUCUACGCCUCCUUGCCACCAAUCAGCAAGGCUCUCAGGAACAACACCUCUCAUUGGAUGAGCUGAGGUUAAGGAAGCUGACAACAGUGAUGAUGUGACGCCGCCACUUUUGAACCCUCUGCUGUUUAAAUUGGAAAACCAGGAAGUUAGAGGUGAAACUCUGGUCGCCUGCGAUGAACGGAAACCUCGACACUCUGAGUCCCAGUCUGCAAAUUGUCCUCCAAAAGAUUAACUUCUGCUUCACCUGACGCCGCUCUCACGCCAUCGUUAAGGUCCAUAUCUCUGACUGGACUCAGACUGUCAGGUGUCCAUCAGCGGCUCUGCCUCCUGGCGUCCAGGUGUCUUCCAGCACAUAGCAACUGAGAAACACGUUAGUCUGAUGAGGCUCCACACUGCACCGCCAACCCGACACGCCAUCGUUACUUCAACGCAACACAAACCGAGACAUGGUCAGGAUUUAAAGGGUCAGUUCAAAUCACAAACAAUUUAAGAUAACAUUUAAAUACAUAAAUUUCAACUCAAGUUGCAGUUCCAGUUUAGUCGUCAAAUUUUAGUUAAUGACUUUUUUUCCACAACAAAGAAAGAAAAAGAUAAACCAGAGCAAAAGUUUGAUGAAAUGUUCUUCGUGUAUAUUAUUUAAUUUUUGUUCCUCAAAACUAUUUUCAUCGCAGUUCUCGUGUUCUACUGGUUUUAUUUAAACUAAAAUACAAACACUAAUGAAUUAUUUCAGCAGCAGACAAACUGUGAAUUCAGAAUAAAAUAUGAUCACGUCUCUUUUAAAACCUUCGUUAUGAGGGUGAAGAACAAAAAGAGUACGAAUGAGGCUUCAAGCGUCUGAUUGGUUGAGCUCAGUCGACACAGAUUUAACAUAAUGAUAAUGUAAACUUUAUUUAUACAGCACUUCUCUAAAAAAUAAGAGAAAGAAAAGCAGCUCAAUGAAAUAAACAGGAAAAAAUAAAACAUGUUAAACUUUACGUGUGUAACCAAAGUGAACUGAGCCCUCGAAGAUGAAUAUUAAUUAAUACAUAACAAGUGAAGUUGCUUGUGUUGAUCAGUUAUAAUCAGUUAUUCUGAUUUAACAGUAAAAUGAUCUAUUGAUCAGUUUUUGAUUCAAUACUAAAUAAAACAUGUUGAUCAUCAUUUUAAUCUUUAACUUUAUUUAUAACAAUAAAUACAUAAACCACAACUCUCACCUGUUAAAACAACUGCAUGUCUCAGUCAUGUGACCUUGGCGUAGUGAUGCGUUCAGGUUAGCUGGUGCGUUGUUGUGUCAUCAGGUGACACUGAGGGCAGGUAGCCACUGAUGCUGUUGUUCACCUGAGUGUUGUCACAUUCCCACCUCACUACAAAUACCCACUGUGUGUGUGUGUGUGUGUGUGUGUGUGUGUGUGUGUGUGGUCAUGUGACUUGUGUCCAGAUUUAAUCCAGAUUGUCAUUUAUGCUCCGCAGUCACAUGUUAAAGUUUAAACCAACUUUAACACAAAUUCCAACUAAAUAUCCAGAAACAUUAAGGAAAUGCAAACUGUUGCACGCAUCUUAAAACCUCUGUUGCAUGAAGAUGAGGAUUUGUUUUGUUGAGAUAAAACUGUCGAUGAGGUGAUUUUUUAAAAAUUAUUUUUCUUAAGCUGCAGGUAAUGAAACCAGUUCAGUUCAGAUCACAUCUCCUCAAACAUAGGACAACUCAAAUUUCUGACCUGCCAUGAAUCUGAUGAAAGGCUCAACGUUUGUUGAGGUGGUUUAAUAAGGCGUCAUUGUGAAUAUCAGAAAAUAAAUGAUAUCUUAAUUUGAGAAGCGUAAACGAACUUUUAUGUGUUUUAUUGAAAAAAAGCCGUCUGUGUUAAAGUGAAGACGAGUACGUUCAGAGUCUGAUCAGAGAAAACGUUACAACUUUCUUAAUCUGGAUUUAAUCUCGACGCUGAGGAUUCACAGAACCACUGGGUGUGAUUGUGACUGAAAACAUGAAAGUCGUGUGAUUUUUAUUUUUUCUCCGAUUUUUACGAGAGAACAAAUACUACACGUUAAAGGUUUUGAACAUUUUUCCUGCGUUGGUGCUGUUGACAGCUGCGUUAAGGACAACGUGGCUUCUUCUUUUACAUGUUUGAGAUUCUUCACAUUCCUGCUGAUCAAAUCAGAUUAAUUUCCUUUCUUCCAAACUACCAUUUUAUUUCCUUACCUGCGGCCUGCGUUCAGAUAAUCCAUCACAGUUGCUCUUUGGAGGUUGUAUUUUAGUUUCUGUACAUUAGUGUUUUUAUCACGUGGUGAGACGGUUGAAACUUCAGACGUCUCUUUAGUGAUGCAGUCAUUUAGAGAAGCUUCUAAAAAAUUAUUCAGAGACAAUUCAAACUUUAUUCCAGAAGACAAUCAACAGGAACAUUACAAAACAAAUGUACACACAGCCGCUGUAACACACACAAACUGACUCUGUCCCAGUGACACACAAACUGACUCUGUCCCAGUGACACACAGAUUAUGUCACUUAUUAUUCACAUAAUGUCCCCAUUACACACAUUUAGAUAUAAUGUCCCCAUUACACACAGAAACAAACACAAUGCCCCCAACCUGGAACAUUAUAAAAAACAAUCAGAUUUCAAAUUGUCCCUGAAUGCACCAAAAAUACUGCGACAUGUGUUUGGCCAAAAAGAACUAAAUCAAUGUAAAUGUGACUGUGAUGGAUUAUCAUCUUUUUAGUUUGGCGAUUUAACUGUAAAAUUUUCCCAUGAUUUUUUUUAAAGAGAAAAAUUAACGUAGCUAAAGUUGGGAUUGUUCAUGUCGUAGUGAGAUGUGACGAUGUUUGAUCUGACGAUAGAAAACAGAGCGUAGGUUGUCUGUGUGACAAUCUUGUUUAAAAAAACUAAAGGAUUAAUUUGCUCAGAUUUAUAUAAGAAUUAAGAAAUACAAACUAAAUUUAAAGAAGAAGAACUGUCCCAGCAAAACACAUACACACAUGUUGUCAUAGGACACCUUUGGGGACCCAGACUUGCAUUAAUUUCCUGGAGGUUUAACUCAACUUUAACCUGUCCCCACAUGUGGCCUAUGACAGAGAUCACACACUGAUCCACCCCCCUCUCCAUCCGCCCCCAUGUUCGUAGGUUUGUUUCUGCAGAUCAGUCCAUUACACCCAGCAUACGCCUUAACUGAACAUAUUCUACUAUUCUGUAAAUCAAAAUGUUCAAAAGAAAAAAAGGUAAAGACAAAACUAACGGAGAAGAAAUGGAAACGUGUACUGUAGCUGUUAAAUUUUUAGUCCUUCUGUUGGUUAUCUGCUGUUUUUUCUUAAUAUUUCUAAUCUGAGCGCGGCGAGAUGUCGUGAUGAUGAUGAUGAACACAUCGUGUUUAGGAGAAAAAAUAAAAAGCUUCAGGAGGAGGAUGAGCGGUCGUGUACAAAGUUAGCGCAGAGACUCGGACAUCUCUCGUCUUUUAGAAAUGUUUUUUAUUGUAUGUGAUUAAAAGGAAAAAACAAUAUGGCAAUUUGAAAAGCAGUUUGUGAAUAAAUUAAGUUUAAUGAGAAUUAUUUUACAAAGAAAGAAGAAAA